AUGUCAAAUCAAAUUAUACGAGAUCAUACACGUAGAUUACUUGUGGCUAAAUAUGAAUUAGAGCGAAUGCAAUGUAAAGCAAUUUCUCGACAUAAAAACCUCCCUAAUCAAAUACGUUAUGAAUAUUUUUUAAAGUCGUCUAAGUUGCCAAGAAAUAGUUCCAGAACACGAGUAAGAAACCGAUGUAUUUUCACGGGUCGCCCUCGUUCGGUAUAUAAGUUAUUUCGCGUUUCUCGUAUAGUUUUUCGUGAAUUAGCAUCUAAAGGUUCUUUAAUAGGCAUAAACAAAUCGUGUUGGUAG